AUGGAAGCAGCUUAUGUUUUUCCGUUGAACGAUGUAGCUCUUUUUAACUUUGAAGCAAGAAUCGAGGACAGGAUUAUUGUAGCUGAAUGUCGUCCGCGUGCCGAGGCCAAAACUACCUAUGACGAUGCGGUGGCAUCUGGGCAUACAGCUUACAUAGCGGAACAGGAUGAAGGUUGUGAAGAUGUGUUUCGAAUGCGACUGGGCAACAUCCCGGGUCGUUCUGCUGUCACAAUUAUGCUGAAAUACGUAAACCAGCUGGAUGCAGAGAGCUUGGUAGAUGAUAAUAUUCACACAAGAGCUACAUUUACUCUACCAGGUUUUUUAAAUCCGCGUUACACGCCAAAAGAGUCUCGUAUCGACAAGGAGUUUGAUAUCAUAGACCGGUCUGAAACGUUAAAACCAUAUUCCAUGAAUUUUACGGGUGAUAUUACCAUGCCGUUUCGAAUGAUAGCAGUGUCUUCACCUCAUGAUAAAUUUGAAGUUGAGUGGCGUUCAACCGAUCAAACAUCCGCAACGGUCAAACUAUCCGCAUUCCAGCCAGAUCACGAUUUGCAAAUGGUGAUUGAUUUUGAGCAGAAAUUGGAUUCUUUUGCCGUUUGUGAAUGGGGCGAUCGUCAAGCGAAUAACAUUCUUUCCAAAGACUGCAUUAUGGCUCAGUUCAUACCCGAUUUCACGGAGUUUGUGAACGAGAUAGAGACGCGAACCGAGGUGUACUUUAUUAUUGACCGCUCUGGCAGCAUGAGCGGGAGCAAUAUUGAAUGUGCGGCAGAGUCACUGUUACUGUUUCUCAAAAGUCUUCCAUCAGGCUGCCGUUUUCAAAUUAUCGGCUUUGGUUCUACUUAUGAAACACUGUUCCCGGAACCGGUUGAAUACAAUGAACAGAGCUUGGCCCGUGCGAUCGAAUGUCAGAGAAAAUUGGAGGCUGAUCUCGGUGGUACAGAGGUAUACCCGGCUCUGGAGGAGGCGCUUAAAGCUCCUUUAACGGGUUCCGGUUGGUAUAAGCAGAUAAUCUUCUUCACCGACGGGGAUGUGUCCAAUGCAGACGAGGUCAUUGGUCUUGUACGCUCCCAUGUGAAUCAGGCAUGUAUUUUCCCGAUAGGAAUUGGCUGUGGUGCGAGCACAUAUUUGGUCAACGGAAUCGCGCGUGCUGGUCGUGGUGUGUCCACAUUUAUUCGGCAACCUCAAGAAUUGCGUGCUGCAACCAUGAGUGUUCUGAAUGCCGCGUUACAACCACGUGCUUCAAACGUCCACAUUCAAUGGGACCUUAAGUCUUCGGAUGCAUCGGGUCGUUUGGUUCCAUUGGAUAUAGUAUCUAUUCCACAGCGUGUACCGCCAAUUUUCAAUGGACGCUUUGCCACAAUCUUUGGCUUGUUGGACUACAAUCACGAGCAUACCCUUUCCGGUCAUAUCACUUUGGAGUGCGAGGUGAUGAACAAAAAACAGACAUCCGCUGUGAACAUGGCUGAUGUGAUAUCGGCACAACGAGUCCUGAAGGAGAAUAUUGACCUGCCAUUACAUCGGCUGGCAGGGAAAGUACAGUUGAAUGAACUCAGUGACCAGCACAAAGCGAUCCAGAUUCAAGGAAAAGAGAGAGAUAACAAAGAUAUUGAGAAGGACACUGAAUGCGGAGAGUUUCGGAAGAAAAUAGAACAGUUAUCUAGUGCCUUGAAUGUGAUCUCACCGUUUACAGCGUUUGUUGGUGUUGAUCCGGUGAAGCGUGAACCCGUAAAACACGCUCGUCCAUCUACUCCCCCUGAUUUCUCGCAAUGCAGUGGCUUUGCAUGUGCAUCCAUGGCUGCGACUGCUUUCGAUGUACCAGAUUGCGCAUUGAGAGGCAUGGCUCAAGUCGAAUGUGAUGACGAAUUCGAGAUGAGCGCUGAUGAUGAUGAUGAGGAUGGGCAAAUACAACCGGUACCAUCAUCCGUGAAGCCGAAAGAACGUGAUCCGCUAUUAUGCCUGGUCGAUUUGCAACGGGCCGAUGGAUCGUGGGUUUUGGAUGCUGAGUUUUGCGAAUGUCUAAGCUUAUCACUCACUGUUGUGCAGUCCGCUGUUCCCAAAACCUGGGAUGCCAUUCACACAAAGGGACCUGUACCCGAGGCUGCAUGGGCUACUGCGCUCGCGUUGGCCUACUUCGAAACCACAUUGGAUACUCGUGCAUCGGAGUGGAAGUUGUUGGCAAGAAAAGCGAGUGGUUGGUUGAUGAAGCAAGUCACUGUGGGAAUCAGUGACGCAAACUGUGCUAAGGAAUACUGUGAUAAUCUGAUUGCCGAAGCGAAAACAUUUCUGACGAAUAAGAUUUAG